GGUUAUUUUCAUAAAUGCGUCGACCUAUAAAGCCAAAGUUGUGUUAAUCAAAGUGGGGUGGCUGCGACAGUACCUUUCUCCAUCCUUUCUUAACCGUACUCUGCUUUCACUUCCCCUCCCUCCCUAUUUCAGUCUCCUCCUUCGCUCUCUCUUUCUGUCGCUUUCUGUACGAGAUAUCUUAGCUUUGAAGGAGUUGAAACUGAGGUAGGCUGGCGGCAAGAGGCAUGAACAGGAAAGCGGAGGAUCAUCAGCCGGCGAUGAUGUCGGGAGGUACUGGAGAAUUGAAGAAGAGCAUGUCGGAGUUGGCUCUGGAGGCGCUUCUGAUGUCUUACAGCAAGGACGAGAAAUCUCUCUCGGACAUGGUGGAUGGCCUCUCAAGUUGUGAUGACUUGACACAAACCCUUCUUUGGUCACAAACUCUUCCUAAGCAGUCCAGCAUAUCACCGGCAAUUGAUUGCCAGUCAUCGAUAUGUGUUGACUGCCCAACCCAUCAACUGAAAGGUGGUGAUAGUCAAGCAAGGGGAGCUACAAGUGGUCCUUCACAUGAACAAUCUGAUGAUGAAGUUGCAGAGAUAGAAGCUGGACCAUGUGAGCAGAGCACAGAUCCCACUGAUUAUAGGCGCCUUAAAAGGAUGUUUUUAAGUCGGGAGUCUGCUAGGCGAUCAAGAAGAAGAAAGCAGCAACAUUUACAGGGUCUUGAGUCAGAGGUUGAACAAUUGAGAGGAGAAAAUGCAUCUUUGUUCAAGCAGCUAACAAAUGCUACUCAUCGGUUCCGCAAUGUUUUCACAAAUAAUCAAGUGCUUAGAUCAGAUGCGGAUGCUUUGAGAGCAGAGGUGAAAUUAGCAGAAGACAUGGUGGCACGAAGCUCCUUGACCUGUAGUUUGAACCAGCUUCUUCAGAAUCACUUGACUUCACCCCAAAUCGUUAGUACGCCUAAUACUCCUAAUCUUCAGCAAGUGGUAAAUGUCCCACAAACAAGCGCUGUACGUGGAGAUGCCUCUUAUGCUGGACUAACAGUUUCUGGGCAGAAUUUGGCCCCCGGCAUCGAAAAUGCCAAUGUUGGUGUCAAUAAUGGAAUGAUGAGCGAUGCUGUAAGCUGCGUGACCGAUGUGUGGCCUGCAGAAUUUGUCUCUACCCUCUCCCCGUAGAUCUGGUGUCUAGUGCCUUCAGAGGACCCUGUGUUAUGUUCGAACUUGCAUUCUGCCUCUUUGUAGUAUUAUCUUGGUUGAUUCUUCUCAUUUUGUAUAUAUGAGAUGGUGUAGUUUUGUACUGAAAUAAAGUUGAGCAGAGAGACCUUAUCUCUUCGCUAUUGAACAGUUUAUGCUGCAA